ACGGACAGUCCUCUACGGGCCUCCGGGUGACCUGAACGACGAAUUCGCCGGUUAUUUUUUUACCGUUGAACUUUUUUAAAAUGACUGAAACGUAAUAACCGUUGGCCUUGUCUGAGAAAACACGUAACGGUGACCUAACGUAAACCCCGAGCGAGUGGUCGUCACGAUGGCAACGCUAAGGAGGACGUCGUCAGGCAGCCGUUACAACAUAACUGACAGUUGCUAGCGUUGGAGCCACCGGUAACGUUGCCGUAUUCAAAUACUUUGGUAACGUUAGCAACGCGAUUAAGACGUUGCUAGCGGGCUGGUUUACGGCAUGCAUGCAAGGUUGAUGCCAAUAUCUCCUAGGUUUGUGUGUCUGACUGAAGUGGCUGUGUUUGUGUCUUCAUUGUGUGAAUUUGCUGAUGCUCAUUGAUGUCCAGGCCAUGCGAUGUCAAUAAGGCAAAUGGCUGUUUAGCAAGAUCUGACUGAGGAUUCUGCUCCUUGUCCAUAUCUAAGUGUAUGUGCCGGUGACGUCAGCCAUGUUUUGGAAAUUUGACUUACACACAUCUUCCCACCUGGAGGCAUUGCUGGACAAGGAGGAUGUCACGCUCCUUGAGCUCAUGGAAGAGGAAGAUGUGUUGCAGGAGUGCAAGGCCCAGAACAGGAGACUUCUCCUGUUUGUGUGCCAGGACCAGUGCAUGCAGGACUUGGUCCGUAUGAUUACUACAGAGCCCCCUACUGGUGUAGAGGAGACAAAGCGCUUCAAAUAUCCAAAUAUAGCAUGUGAGCUUUUGACAUGCGAUGUGGGAGUGAUCAAUGAUAAGCUGGGUAAUGAGGAGCCUCUGCUGGAAACUCUGUAUGCCUUCCUGGAGCAGCCGUCCCCACUUAACCCCCUCCUGGCAUCUUUCUUUAGCAAGACAAUUGGGAACCUCAUCACACGGAAGACUGAGCAGGUGAUUAGUUUCCUGCGACGGAAGGAGGGAUUCCUUUCCUUGGUACUGAAGCAUAUUGACACAUCAGCCAUGAUGGAUGUGCUCCUGAGGCUUAUCAGCUGCGUUGAGCCAGCCCCUCUUAGGCUCGAGACACUUAUUUGGCUGAAUGAAGAGAAACUGGCCCAGAGACUCAUAGAGCUCAUUCACCCUGAGAGAGAUGAAGAGAGGCAGUCCAAUGCAUCUCAGACUUUGUGCGACAUCAUUCGUCUGAGCAGAGACCAAGCCAAUCAGCUCCAAGAGAUUUCACAGCCUGACCCUUUGCUGACUGUGCUGGAGUCGCAGGAGUGCGUGGAGCAGUUGCUGCAGAAUAUGUUCUCAGCCGAAAGUACUGAAAGCUGUAUCAUCAAUGGAAUUCAAGUUAUUCUCACAUUACUGGAAAUCCGGAGGCCUGUGGUGGAUGGUGUGAUGGAUGCUCAGGGAUUUGAGAGAAGUUACACCGUUAACAGCAGCAUUUUGUUGGCCAUCCAACCACACCUGAUACAUUUCCAUCAGCUACUUCUGGAGCCGCCCAAGCGGAAUCCUAUGCUGACUUCUCUGGGUGUGCUAGAGGAACCAUUAGGAAACACACGUCUGCACGUAGCCAGACUGGUGGCCUCUCUGCUGUAUACCAGCUCUGCUAGCCACGCGGUUGUAGCGCAGGAACUCUGCCGACUCAAUACAGUGGACCUGCUUCUGGACUUGUUCUUCAAGUAUACAUGGAACAACUUCCUGCACCUCCAAGUGGAGCUUUGUGUUGCUGCCAUCCUCCGGCCCUGUGCCCAUGAAAUGAGACUUCAGCCUGGCUUGGGAUCCCAGGAAAAGUCCCAGCCUCAUCAGGAUGCCUCACAGGAGCAGGCUUUGACUGAUACCCCUUCUGAACCUUCAGCCACCCCUGAAAACUCUGCACAUAAUCUAAUGGUGACUCAUUUGUUUCAGCACUGCCGCCUUGUCCAGAGGAUUCUGGAGGCUUGGGAAGAGAAUGAUAAAAUACAGUCAGAAGGUGGUAUGAGAAGAGGGUACAUGGGACAUCUGACAAGAAUUGCCAACACAGUAGUCCACAACCUGGAGAAGGGCCCAGUUCACACACAGAUUAGUAGUCUCAUUACAGAGCUGCCAGAGGACUACAGAGGGCGCUGGGAAACCUUUGUGGACCAGACCCUGUCGGAGACUAAUAGGAGGAACACCAUAGACCUGAUUGGCACUGGAAACCCACGCUCUUCCUCAGAGGAUGAUAUGGAGAGCCCCUUCCCUAAAGAACUGACACUACAGCAGGCCUUUUCAGACUACCAGAUCCAGCAGAUGACAGCUAACUUUGUGGAUCAGUUUGGCUUCAAUGAUGAGGAGUUUACUGAUCAUGAUGACAGCAUUGGAGCAACGUUUGACCGAAUUGCGGAGAUCAAUAUCAACAUUGAUGCGGGCCAGGACAAUGCUAAUACAGCUGUGUUUGAGACCUGUGCCAAGGAGAGGAUUCAGCCCUUUGAUGAUGAUGAAGAGGACAUUUGGGAGGAGAAAGAGAUCAAAUUUGCAGCACAAACCAAGUCCCGUAACAGGUUUGGUGGGUCACGAUCAUCCCAGAGCCCAGCAGCCAGUAAAGAUUGUGAAAGGACAGCAGCUUCUGGCACUGAGGACUCUGACAGAGCAGCAGACUCGGACUCCGAGGAGGGAGAGAAUCCCAAAGAUGACCUAGAUCCUUUCGCAAGCCAGGGCCAGACCGAAGCAACAAAGAGUACUGGCUGGAUAGCAGACUUCGGGGAGGUGAACUCAAAGGCUCCUGCAGCAGGAGUGGGCUUUUCUGCCUGGGACCCUCCAGACACCAAACCAGCUGCCACAGAGGCAGAGGAGAAAGGAUGGGCCAAGUUCACGGACUUCCAGCCUUUCUGUUGCUCUGAAACAGGCCCUAGAUGUAGCUCUCCGGUGGACUCGGAGCUCAGCGGAUCAGGCAACACCAAACCCAACCAGAACCCGUGUGUGUGGAGUGUGUGUGUGGCGAGAAAAGCUCCACUGGUAGCGUCAGACAGCUCUUCCUCCAGCAGCUCAGACAGCGAUGAGGAGGAAGGGAAGACAGAGUCUGCAACCGGCGAGAUGGUCACCACAGAAACCAUCACCACUGGGGCUGGAAAGGAGACAAUUCGGCUCACCGUCGACGCCAAAAAUGAAAGGGCAGUCUUCAGCAGCGAAGCAGAUAAGGUGCCAAUAGAAGGACUCUCCAUCAAAGACAAGGGGAAAGGCAAUGAGAAAGAAAGCAAAAAGGGAAAGAAACAUGGGGACUGUCCCAACCCAACUACCACCAGUCCAACUAACCAGUCUGCUGCUGUCACACAAGAGAUGCAGCCAUCUGCUAAUGGACCGGCCUAACGAUGCAGCAAAGGCACACACAUGCACACACACAUGCACACACACAUGCUUCAUACCUGUCCAUUCAACACACAGCAAUGCCACCUUUGCUUCAUGUAAGCAGCCCUCAUUAUGCCCUUUUUGUGUCUGAAGAAUGGGAGCUGCUCAGUGUUUGGGUCAAACAGCCCUUAACAGUAUGUAUGCUGGGUAACACAUGUCUACAUAUAGGUACAUUGAUCUCUCCUGCAGCGUCAUGACUAAAUUAUAACUGAACCGCUUCAAAGAGGAAAGUAUGAUUUAAAGAACAUUUCAUCAUAUGAGAAACCCAAAGCCAAAUUCUGUAACAUAUGAACUACUUCAAAAUGUGAUUUCCCCAUUGAUUUCCAGAGAGUGACAACACUCUUACCUGUUUUGAUGAGCAGAGGUCACACUGAGUGUUUUAAUGCCAGCCGUGGCACUUUAAGAAAAAAAAUACCUAAGUCUGAAAUAGGACCUUUAUUAAAUUCAGCAUUAAUUUCGUUUGAGAAUGUCUGCUCUCCGGGCAUUAAAUCACAGCCCAAAGUGUUUUUCUAUUAGAGCAUUUGACUGUUUACACUUUAGUAAAAACAACUGUCUUCUUAGAAUAAUUAGCCAAGAUUACAAAAGCGAAGAUGCUUGCAAAGCUAGCUGCCAUUUUCUUUUCAGCAUUUCAUACCAGGCAGAUAUUUUAUUAGUGCAAAUGUGUGAGUGAUAAUUUUUUUUUUUUGUAUACAUGCUACUAAAAUCAUUUCUCAAUACAAGUAAGAUUUCUUUGCUUGGAUCAUGCAGAACAUAAACAACCCUUUUUUAAAUUUGGAGCCUCAGAUUUGGGAGCAUCAUGUGUCACUUCCUCCCUGUUGAAAAGUGUGUGUGUGUGCUGCUGUAUCCAUGUGUGCAGGCAUGUGUGUGUAUGUGUGUUUGAGCUCUGUCUGAGGUACAGAGAGCAUUCUCAGGUCAAAGGACAGUUAUGCGGAUACAAAGAAAGCACACCUGUGUAACACACACACAUACAUACAGUGCCGUACACACAUGUAUACACAACUAAAUACUUACACGCGUGCAAAAAAAAAAGCAGUGAUGUUCACAUACCGAUUCAUAUCACCCUCAGAGCUGUUUAAAUGUAAUAUUGUGAAAUUUGAACAUGUAUUAGGUUGUGGCUAUUCUUGGUAAUAUGUUAACGUAAUAUAAAUGUAAACAGUAUAUAUAAACAUUAUAUCUAUUUUUGGAAUAAAUCCAAUGUAUGGAAAGGCGGUUGUUUUGCAGGUUGCAACGUGUGUAUUGUAUGUGUGUGUUGUACUGUUGAAAUGAGGCAAUAAUGAUGUCUGUGUUUCAGUUAAUGCCCCAGCAUCAGUUCCUGUUCCUCUGCUUCUUGCUUCUUACAUAGAGGUUGUGUGAGAGUGUGCGUGAAUGUGAGUCGGUAGUCUGGGGUUUGUCCUCCUUAUUAUUUUCUUAAAGCAUAAUGCUGGUUUAGAGCUUGGGUCUUAUUUUCAUUCAGUUUUAAACAAAAUACCAGGUUCACCAAUCUUAUUAGGAAGAGAAAACGCUGGUCGACAUUGAAAUAAUACCAAAACUACUGUUUCAACUGAUAUUAUUAUCUUAUACUUUUCCUGUGUUAUGAUGGAUUAUGAUCGAGAGCUGAACAAAUUUGUUGAUUAAUGUAAAAGUGGAUCAACAGAAAAAUAUUAGGCAACAAUUUUGCUAAUCAUUUAGUCAUCAAGUAAUUUUUCAGGAAAAAUGUCAAACAUUACCUAAUUUCAGUUUCCCAAUUUCCAACUAAAAUGGCUUUAGGUUUUGGACUGUUGGUCAGACAGAACAAACAAUUUGAUGGUGUCUCUUUGGGCUUUAAGAAAUUAUGAUGGAUAUGUUUAUUUUUCCUGACAGUUUAUAGCCCAACCAAUGAAUCCAUUUAAUAAGUAAAUUACUCAGCGGAUUCAUCAAUAUUGAAAAUAAUCAUCAACACUUUGAGUGAGCACACAUUCAUGUUUGCCUCAAAAUACAGUUGUUUAGAUAAUCCAACUAAACUGUUGGCUUGUUUAAAAGCAGUUGGAUUGCUGAUCUUCUUUCUUUAUGUUAUUAACAUUAUACCUUGUUGAGUACAAUCUAAUUAUAACUGAUAUACAUAAUGGCAAAAACAGGACCCAAGUUGUAAUAACCCAGAAUUAUUCUUUAGGUUUGCCAGACAGUCAUGCUUUACUUUAUCUUUCUCCUUGUCUCUCUCUUUCUCAGGGCAGGAGUUGACUUUAAUUGAAUAUAUGCCUAUGGAACGAUUUACAUAGAUUGUUGUAUUUAUUUAAAAAGCACUUUUUUCAAGAAGCACUUUUGGUUUGUAUUUGGUGGUGUCAAGUGCCACCACAUUAUUCCCCACUCAAAGAGGUGGGAAUGUUUGACUUGAACGAGUGAAUUAUGUAGAUACUUUAGAAUACUUUUUCUUAAAUGCUUUGCCAAAGUGUGUCUUCCCUCCAGUUUUACAACUGGCUUUCAUAUCUGUGAAGUAGCCUCCUUUCUUGCAAUGGUAUCACAGGACUGGAUUAAUCUAAAGCAGUCUUUGUUUGAUCCCUCUCAUGUUUUUUAGUCAUGUGAUGGCGUUAUCAACAGUAGGAGAAGAUUCCACAUGUCAAAGAAAGACUCGGAAGAUUCAUCUUAGACCACAGAUAUUUUGCUUUUAUCUGUUCAGCACUUUGAGAUGUUUUGAAGUGGAGCUGUGUAGACUAAGCAUUGGUAUAAGUCAGGGUUAGAAAAGAAAAACAGGGCUGUGUUUCUUUAUGUCAGGGUGUGUACAGGGUCAGAUUAUUUCAUCCCAUCCUUUGCCAAACCUAAGCACUGCGUCUGACCCUUACAUUGUGUUUUGGUGCGUCUGUGUGUCUCCUUCACCGUGAGUGAGGUGCGUGUGCAGUCUAGCUACGGGUAUGGUGUGAUGUUAUGCAUAAUGGCAUGAGGUACAGUCAUACAGUUAUCUUUAAGUGCCAUUAAGUUAGGACAUUAGCCUCAUUCACCUCAUUGGGUAUGUGCUGGUUUGUACAAUGUAGGCCCAAAACUUUAAUUCAGAGACAAUGGAUGUUAAAUUGUUAUUUCAUCCUAUUGUCUGUUCUGAUGCCAUUUCAAACUUUAAAUCUUCCUCGCAUUAUAGCUCGAUACAUUUGUGAAGGUGAGUGUGUGCAAAAGGCAACCUUGUUGAAAUGGCUUUUUUUUUUUUUUUUUUUUUGUAAAGUGGACUGAUGCUGGUGUUUUUGUUUUUUUUCAUUUAGGGAGUAAUGUGUCUGUUUCCUGUUGUCAAUUUUGCUUGUACAUUCAGAUAUGAACCUAAUAAAUAUGUCAG